CCGGCCCUCGACUCGGGGCUAACGUAGACUCCGUUACCCGGCUGCCUUUGUGGGCGGGCUGUUGCGCACUUCCGGUGAAGCUCGCAGCGAGGGGGUGGAGCCUCCAGAGCCGGAGGGCGGCAGAGGCGGCGCAGCCGGCGACUGGGUGCUGUUCAGGGCGGCUGGACGUCGUUAGGGCAGCGUGUCGGGACCGGUUGGGCCGCCCUUCGCGUGGGACGCUGCUGCGACUCCUCUUGGCGUGCGGCCUCGCCUUGAUGUCGGCGCUGGAGAAGAGCAUGCACCUCGGCCGUCUGCCUUCUCGCCCUCCGCUCCCGGGCGGCGGGGGCAGUCAGAGCGGAGCCAAGAUGCGGAUGGGCCCUGGAAGAAAGCGAGACUUUUCCCCUGUUCCUUGGAGUCAGUACUUUGAGUCCGUGGAAGAUGUAGAAGUAGAGAAUGAAACUGGCAAAGAUACUUUCCGAGUUUACAAGAGUGGUUCUGAGGGUCCAGUCCUGCUGCUCCUGCAUGGAGGAGGCCAUUCUGCCCUAUCCUGGGCUGUAUUCACAGCAGCAAUCAUUAGUAGAGUUCAGUGUAGGAUUGUGGCUCUGGAUCUGCGAAGUCAUGGUGAAACAAAAGUAAAGAAUUCCGAAGACUUGUCUGCAGAAACAAUGGCAAAAGAUGUUGGUAAUGUGGUUGAAGCCAUGUAUGGGGACCUCCCUCCUCCAAUUAUGCUGAUUGGACAUAGCAUGGGUGGUGCGAUUGCUGUCCAUACAGCAUCAUCCAACCUUGUGCCAAGUCUCCUUGGUCUGUGCAUGAUUGAUGUUGUGGAAGGUACAGCCAUGGAUGCACUUAAUAGCAUGCAGAAUUUCUUACGUGGACGUCCUAAAACCUUCAAAUCUUUGGAGAAUGCUAUUGAAUGGAGUGUGAAGAGUGGCCAGAUCCGAAAUCUGGAAUCUGCUCGUGUCUCCAUGGUUGGCCAAGUCAAACAAUGUGAAGGAAUUACAAGUCCAGAAGGCUCAAAGUCUAUAGUGGAAGGAAUUAUAGAGGAAGAAGAAGAAGAUGAAGAAGGAAGUGAGUCAGUAAAUAAGAGGAAAAAGGAAGACGACAUGGAGACCAAGAAAGACCAUCCAUACACCUGGAGAAUUGAACUGGCAAAAACAGAAAAGUACUGGGAUGGCUGGUUCCGAGGCUUAUCCAAUCUGUUUCUUAGUUGUCCUAUUCCUAAAUUGCUGCUCUUGGCUGGUGUUGAUAGGUUGGAUAAAGAUCUGACCAUUGGCCAGAUGCAAGGGAAGUUCCAGAUGCAGGUCCUACCCCAGUGUGGCCACGCAGUCCAUGAGGAUGCCCCUGAAAAGGUAGCUGAAGCUGUUGCUACUUUCUUGAUCCGGCAUAGGUUUGCAGAGCCCAUUGGAGGAUUCCAGUGUGUGUUUCCUGGCUGUUAGUGACCUGCUAAGCUUCCUGUCCCUCAGCAUCGAGCUCUGUUGUAAAUAAGUCGCACCAGAGGCCACUGUGAUGCCGCUGUCUCCUCACCAUCCUAUCUUGACCAGCCAUGUGACACCGGCCCCCUGUAGACGGGCAUCCCUGUUUUGUGUAUUCCUGCCAAAAGCAUUGAUUUCCAGGGUCCCCAGCUCUUUCUUCCUCUCUGUACAGGGGCCACCCCUGUCCUGCCUAGGAUGAAGCUUCCAGAGCUGCUAGCCCUGGACCCUGUUUCUAGCAUCAAACAGUGCACCUGGGUCCACAUGUCUCCUUGGACUCAGGGCUCUCCAUUCCUCGAGCCUGUUCUUGGCAUGGACUUGCCCUUCAUCCUUGGGUAGAAAAUACACAAGGUGGUUCUUACUUUCCCCUUUGAAGUAAAAUACCAGUCAGGUACCUUUUUAUGCCAGUCUUAACUCUUCCAGGUUUAGAAGACCCAGAGUUCCAUCUUUAGGUACACGGUGGGGUUGUGGAUUGCAUCAUAGAGAACCAGCCUGAAAGUCAGGCUGGCGGGUCCAAGCACAUGGCGUCCCACUGGGAGAGCCCCGUCUUACCCCCCUUACCUGGGCACCUGCCCUGGACUGAGGCAGUGCUGUUCCGUGGGCCUCUGGAGCCCUCAUCACUGAGCAACCCAGGUUCAGUACAACCCAUGUACAAAGCCACAGGCUGAAGCCUGUGGAAUUUUUAAUAAAUUUAACCAUUUCCAGUUAUUUCCUGGAAGUGUGCGGAGUGCCCACUUGGCUCUUCUAGACCACAGUCUUUUGUGGCCGUAUGUGGUUUCUCUGUCACUCUACAUAAAAGCAUUACAGCCCAGCAUUCCCAGUUUUGUCCUUGUCACAGCAAUGUGGCCUCCCUUGCUGCCCAGGCAGUUUCCUAGGGCAGGAAGGGCAGGCUCCUGACGCCCAUCUGUUCUGUGCCUGUGUUAAGUGAUGCGUAGCCCUUUCCAUCAACAACUUCCUACUUUGUCCUGCUACACGGUCUAGAGUCUGGAAUCUACUUUGUUAUUUAUGACCUUGUUUAAAUAAAUACCUUCCAACCUUUA